AUGAAGUUUGAGGAAGGAGCUUCAGGCCAAGAAUCAAUUACAUCCCGUUCGCGCAGUAGCUCAACAUUUGGCCAAGCGGUCCCGUACUACCCCCCACCUUCACCGACGCCUACAACUGCUACAGCUGCGACGUCUAUUGAAGCCAUAGAGCACAAGGCUGGCGAGUUUACGGGUGAUAUCCACCCACAGGUGAAUCUCCUUUUGAAGGGGUUCCUUAAGUAUCUCAAAGAGCCUCGCUAUCAGGCCCCUCUAACCAUAGAAGAACUAUCUAAGCUUUUCCAAUAUUUUUAUAAGGACUUGAACUCGCUUACUAUCAAUUUGUAUACUCAAUUGAAUUCGAAUAAGAAGAAACUUAUAUCCAGCUCACAGAUAUUCCUGGAGAAUGAUAAAAAGUUCGAUUAUCUACUCGCCAUUGCAAACUUCCUGGCCCUGACUGUAAAGUUGACCAGAAGAGAAGAUAAAGAAGCAUUGGUUCAAUUAAGAAUAUUCAAUUAUUACAAGUUUUUAACUAUAUUUGAGACGAUAGAACGAGCACAGGAAAAGCUAUUCGGUACAAUUAAUAGUAACCCCAACAUGAAUGAAUUUGAUGAGGAAGCAACUUCUUUAUACGAUAAGAUAUUCAGAUUUGAACAGAAGGAUAUAAUAUUUCAAGAAUUUUUGGAGGAGAAGAUAGGAGUCUUGAAAAAGCUUAAUCUACCCUUGAGUUGCUUUGUUGAAGAAGAUAAUAACCCAUUGCAAAAGGUGUUCCGGACCGAAGGUGAACGAAUCUCUUCUGAAGCAAUCGGUCAAAUCAAUGGGCUAUUCAUUAAGCUCAAUGCAUCAAUUACUCCACUUUCCAAACUUAAAAUUCUUCUUUCCAUACAAAAAUUACUCAUCAAUGAAAUAGCAAGAAUAGCAUUUGACAAUGACACCUCAUCAGUCAACAAUGAUAUCCUUCUUCCUUCACUCAUAUACUACAUAAUCAAUUAUUUGCCCCCUCUAGAUCAAAUUGAACUUUAUUUGAAUUUUCAAUUUAUAAAGAACUUUUUGAACUUGAUUCCAGUGGAUAAUAUUGACCUUACUACAAUGACACCAUCAAUGAGUUUACAUUCAUACACACCGACAAAUAAACUGAAAUCAGCAAACAAACAAUUCCAUGCAAGAGCUGGGAAAAGAUAUGGAAGUAUAUACACUUUUUUAAAUCUCAAGCAUGAAGACAAUAUCAACGAUGAAGAGGAUGGCUAUUUAGACAAGCAAGAUAUAUUUUCCAAUGACAAAUUUACUGUCGCUCAUAUUCAAAAGCAAUUUUUGAAUAAUGGAGAAUUGAUGUUUUAUUUAACUAAUUUUGAGGCAGUUCUCUUUUUUAUCCUGAACAUCACUCUCGAUGACUUGAAGGUGAAUGGAGGAGACUACGCUAAGAACGAAUUAGUGAACGUUCCAUUGGAUAAGUUAGUUGAUAUGGAGCUUCUAACUCACUUCAAAUUUCCCAGUGGAGAAGCUCUAAGAUACGAAGAUGAGGGAACUGAAAAUGCUAAUAAUUUUCAAGAAUUAGAUGAAGAAAAAGAUGUGAGAAGUGAUAGAAGUUUGAAAGAGGAAAACAAAUCCAUAAACAGUGGCUCUGCUAGGGACGUGAUCAGCACCAACGCUGGUGGCGGUACGACAACCAGCAAUCGUUCGCGUUCUUCAUCCCUUUUCAACACUAUUUCCAAUCGACUUAAUGACGUAGCAAAUACAGCAAACCGUUCACGCUCUAAUUCAUCGAUAUUGAACUCCUUAAAAGCACCUACGAAAGAAAGUUUCCCAUCAAUAUCUUCACCACUUCAAGGUAAAGACGUAGUUACUAGUAGUAGCGCUAGUGGAGAUAGUGGGGAUCCAGAAUCUAUGCAAACUUCUCCAGUUAACUCGAACGAAUUGCCUCAUGCAGCAAUUGAAUCAACUCUGAGUAGUAUUUCUGUAAUGAAGAAUAUAUUGGGUAAAUUCAGUCAAGUUCUGGUACCACAGUUUAGAAGUGCAGAAGAUGGGCAAGAAGCACAGCUGAAUCAGCAGCAGCAACCUCAGAUUCUGAUAUCUGAGAAUGGAACAAUUGUGGAUGAAGGCACAAAUUCUACAGCUAAGAAGUCACCUAGUAGGACCUCUCCAGUUCAUUCUCGGACCAGAUCAUCUUCCUUUGACAACCACACGAAGAGAAACUCUUUGACUUCAAAAUUCACGACAGGUAUGACUGAACUAAUGACGAAACUAAAUAAUGCCAAUACAAAUACUUCCUCACUAUCAUUACAUUCUUUGACGGAAGAAAAUGGUCAACAGGGCCAAGCAAAUUCCUCUGCAUUGCAUCCAUUUAUUGGAGAUUCGCCAAUAAAACGCCCUGAAUAUAAUCGCAGUAGGACUACCAGUCUUCAAAUCAUGGAUAAGUGGUUCAGUAAUAUAUCUAACAUGAAUAUCACAGGAAAUAGUACUGUGAUCCAACCCAAUGCUCACUUAUCACAUAUACAACCAACUUUAACUCCUACCAUUGAGGGAAUCGAACCCUCACUACAGUUCGAGGAGAUAGUUCAAUUUCAAAAUGUGGAGUUUGAAUCAUUAACUAUAAAUGAUUUAAAACUAUUAAAAAGCAACUACGAUAAACUUUGCGCUAUGGUUACACCAAUCUUGAGGAAUGGGCUGAUCGACCAAAGCUCACAUUCUGAAGAGACUAGUAUGUAA